AUGGCUGACGGACUCAACAUGGGAGGCAUGACUCUCAAGGACUCAAACCACGCUCCGCCACCAGGCCAACAGAGCAACGGCACAUUUGAGCGCUCGGCCUACGUUCCCCCGCAUAUGAGGCGGUCGGGCGGCGGUCCACCGCCAGCUGCCGCUGCUCCCAACGGUUUCGGUGGCCCAGGCGCCGACUUCCCACCACCAGGCCAAAACGGCUACGGCGGUCCUCCACGCGGCGGCGGCGGCCCAGGCUGGGGCGCUGCGCAAACAUUCACACCCUCCGCUCCGGCAGCUCGCGGCGGUUGGGACAACAAUCCUUCCACCGGACAAUCGCGCGGCUUUGACCGCAGCGCAUACAGCGGUGGAGGUGGAGCUGGCGGUCCACGUGACGGCGGCCGUCAACAGACUGGUGCAGGAGAUGGACAGUGGAGAGAUGGCAAGCAUGUGCCAGGCCCAUCCAACCCUCGCCGCGAGCGCGAGUUGUUCGGCGUGGCCAACGACCCCAGCAAGCAGCAAACCGGAAUCAACUUCGAGAAAUACGACGACAUCCCAGUUGAGGCUUCUGGCCAGGGCGUUCCUGAGCCCGUCACAACCUUCACCAACCCACCUCUCGAUGACCACCYCAUCUCCAACAUCGAGAUGGCCGGAUACAAGAUGCCCACACCUGUGCAGAAGUACUCCAUCCCCAUUGUCAUGGGUGGCCGUGAUCUCAUGGCUUGUGCUCAGACCGGUUCCGGAAAGACUGGUGGUUUCCUCUUCCCCAUUCUCUCGCAGGCGUACCAGAACGGCCCCAGCGCCAACGUUCCACAGCAGACCGGCUUCGCUCGCCAGCGCAAGGCCUACCCCACCUCGCUCAUUCUCGCUCCUACCCGUGAGCUUGUCUCUCAGAUUUACGACGAGGCUUGCAAGUUUGCCUAUCGCUCUUGGGUCCGUCCUUGCGUUGUCUACGGUGGUGCCGACAUUGGCUCUCAGCUCCGUCAGAUUGAGCGCGGCUGUGACUUGCUUGUCGCUACCCCAGGUCGUCUCGUCGAUUUGAUCGAGCGUGGCCGCAUCUCGCUUGCCAACAUCAAGUACCUGGUUCUCGAUGAGGCUGACCGCAUGCUUGACAUGGGUUUCGAGCCUCAGAUCCGCCGCAUUGUCGAGGGUGAGGACAUGCCCGUCACCGCCAACCGCCAGACACUCAUGUUCAGCGCCACCUUCCCUCGGGACAUCCAGAUGCYUGCACGCGAUUUCCUCAGAGAGUAUAUCUUCCUCUCGGUCGGCCGUGUUGGAUCUACUUCCGAGAACAUCACGCAGAAGAUUGAGUACGUUGAGGACGCCGACAAGCGCAGCGUGCUGCUCGACAUCUUGCACACACACGGUGCUGGUUUGACUCUCAUCUUUGUCGAGACUAAGCGCAUGGCCGACUCGCUCUCCGAUUACCUCAUCAACCAGGGAUUCCCAGCGACCUCCAUUCACGGUGACCGCACCCAACGCGAGCGUGAGCGUGCUUUGGAGAUGUUCCGCACUGGCCGCUGCCCAAUCCUCGUUGCCACUGCCGUUGCUGCCCGAGGUCUGGAUAUCCCCAAUGUUAAGCACGUCGUCAACUACGACUUGCCCACUGACAUUGACGACUACGUUCACCGUAUCGGUCGUACUGGACGUGCCGGAAACACCGGUAUCUCGACCGCCUUCUUCAACCGUGGCAACCGCGGUGUGGUUAGGGAGCUCAUCGACCUUCUCAAGGAAGCCAACCAGGAAGUGCCCAGCUUCCUCGAGUCAAUUGCUCGUGAGGGCUCAGGCUUUGGCGGUGGCGGCCGCGGUCGUGGCGGUGGUGGUCGCGGACGUGGCUCAUCUGCCAUGAAGGAUGUUCGUACCUACGGCGGCGGUCAGCGUCCCGCCUACGGUGGCGGCAUGAUGGGCGGUGGAGGUGGUGGAUACGGCGGCUCUUCCGGUGGCGGCUUCGGUAUGGGUGGUGGCGGCAUGGGCGGUGGUGGUGGCUACGGCAACCCAACCGGCCCAGGCGGCUCCAGCUGGUGGUAG